CUUAGUUUUUCUCUCUCACUUUCUCGGUCAAGUACUGUCUGGCUCUUAGGAAAAUGGAUAGUGCUAUUUCUUGCACCAAUGGAAUUAGCAAUGGGAAUGGGGUGUGUGGAAAAGGCUAUUCAUUGAAUGGUUAUAGGAAGAGUUGUUGGUAUGAAGAAGAAAUUGAAGAAGACUUAAGAUGGUGUUUUGCUCUCAAUAGUAUAUUACACACAGGACAUUCUCAGUUCCAAGACAUUGCCUUGUUGGACACCAAACCCUUCGGAAAGGCAUUAGUCAUUGAUGGAAAGCUCCAAAGUGCAGAAACUGAUGAGUUUAUCUACCAUGAAUGUCUUGUCCAUCCUGCUCUUCUUCAUCAUCCCAAUCCAAAGACUAUUUUUAUCAUGGGAGGAGGUGAAGGUUCUACUGCUAGAGAACUACUCAGACACAAGGCUGUGGACAAGGUUGUCAUGUGUGACAUUGAUGAGGAGGUGGUGCAGUUCUGCAAAUCAUACUUGCUUGUAAACAGAGAAGCCUUCUGUGAUCCAAGACUCAAGCUCGUCAUCAGCGACGCGAGGGCUGAGCUAGAAAACAAAGAAGAGAAUUAUGAUGUGAUUGUAGGUGACCUUGCGGACCCAAUUGAAGGAGGCCCUUGUUACAAACUCUACACUAAAUCCUUCUAUGAGUUGGUUGUCAAGCCUAAGCUGAACCAUGAUGGCAUCUUUGUCACACAAGCGGGCCCGGCUGGAAUUUUUAGCCACGCAGAAGUUUUCUCUUGCAUUUACAACACUUUAAAGCAGGUUUUCAAAUAUGUUGUGCCUUACUCAGCUCAUAUUCCUUCCUAUGCUGAUACUUGGGGUUGGGUCAUGGCUUCGGAUAAGCCUUUUGUGCUUACUGCUGAUGAGUUAGACAUUAGAAUCAAGCAGAGGAUCAAAGGGGAGAACAGAUAUUUAGAUGGGAAGACAUUUUCUUCAGCCUCUACUUUGAGCAAAGCCGUUCGAAAAUCGCUUGAUAAUGAAACUCAUAUAUACACUGAAGGAUCAGCAAGGUUCAUUUAUGGCCAUGGAUGUGCUGAUAAUAAACAAAGUCAUGUUUAAGAAAAAAGUCUAGUAGAGUUCUCCUUCAAAAAGCAUAUAUAACACAGAAGAGUGCAAGUAUUGGGAGACAAAUCUUGGCUAUUUCCUGCUGAUUAUUCCUAUCUCUAUUUCUUUUUCUUUUCUUUUCUUUUUUUUGUUUUUUUUUGUUUUGUUGUUGUUGUUGUUUAGUUAUAACUUAAAAGCUAUUAUAUAAUGGUUUGUGUAUGGGUCCUUGUCUGUGUUCCUUUCUUCAGAACUUUAUGAGAAGCUAUAUGUAAUUUAAGAA